AUGAAGGCUGCAGUACUUCGAGAAAUCAACAAGCCACUGGAAAUUGAAGAUAUUCAGUAUGGCAACCCGGCACCACGCGAGGUGCUGAUACGUACGGUCGCCGCAGGCGUCUGCCACUCAGAUCUGCAUUUCCAGAACGGAUCUUAUCCUUAUCCUCUGCCCGCGGUGCUCGGCCACGAGUCUGCCGGGGUGGUUGAAGCCGUGGGAUCAGAUGUGACCUACGUGAAAAAAGGCGAUCAUGUCAUCACUUGUUUGUCAGCCUUCUGUGGACAUUGCGAACCCUGCCUGACCGGCCAUAUGUCGUUAUGCCAGGAGCCUGAGCUGCAGCGCGACGAAACACAGCCCUCCCGCCUGGCCUCCGGCGAUGAAAACAUUGCUCAAUUUCUGAAUCUGUCCUCCUUCGCGGAAUACAUGCUGGUGCACGAACACACCAUCGUAAAAGUACGGGACGAUAUGCCUCUCGACCGAGCAGCCCUGAUCGGCUGUGGUGUGACCACAGGUGUUGGCGCAGUGAUACAUACGGCUGCCGUCGAGCCGGGCUCAACCGUUGCCGUCAUUGGUUGUGGCGGCGUUGGCUUAUCCGCCAUCAACGGGGCUGCUCUGGCUGGCGCAGCACGCAUCAUUGCAAUAGACAUGCUCGACAGCAAACUUGAACUUGCGCGCAAGUUUGGCGCCACUGAUGUGGUGAAUGCCAAAAACGUCGACGCUGUCGGCGAAGUACGGGAAAUGACCGGCGGAGGCGUGCAUUAUUCCUUCGAAGCCAUUGGCCUGAAACAAACCGCUGAACAGGCUUUCAAAAUGCUGGGCUUUGGUGGCACCGCCACAAUCAUCGGCAUGAUUCCGCCCGGCGUACAUAUUGAACUGCACGGCCCUGAAUUUCUCAUGGAGCGUAAAAUGCAGGGCUCGAACAUGGGAUCAAACCGUUUCCGCGUCGAUAUGCCUCGCUUUGUGGAUCUUUACCUGCAGGGUCGCCUGCACCUGGACGACCUUAUUUCGCGGCGCAUCAAACUUGAAGACGUUAACGACGGCCUGGCAGCCCUCGAAACGGGCGAAGUUGCACGCAGCGUGAUCAUGUUCGACUAG